CAGCUCUUUUAUCUUCCUCCCUCCAGCAAAAGAGAUUCGACGUGAUGGCCCUAAACAAAUCGCCAAUGCAAGGUGGUCAGGCUACGGGCAGAGGUUAUGAUCAUGGUGGUGACUAUGAUGGCAUAAAAAAAGUGUGCGUUUAUUUUGAUGGCACGUCAAUAAGGUAUCUCAAGGUCGACUAUGACAAAGCCGGUCAAGUGGAAAGCCAUGGGCACGGACGCACAAUCGGAACAAAACAUGAGAUUACGGUUGAUCAUCCUAGUGAAUAUAUCACAUCAGUGGAAGGAAGCUACGCUGUUACUCAACCUUAUGGAUGCAUUGUCCUUAGGUCAUUGACUUUCAAAACAUCAAAAGAGAGAACCUUAACAGCAGGAACAGUUGUUGGUACCAAGUUCUUGCUGGAGAACCAAGGCAAUCCUAUUGUUGGGUUCCAUGGACGGGCAGGUUCUUGUGUUGAUAGUAUCGGGGCAUAUUAUGCUCCGUUAACUCCUUCUCAUCCUCUUCCUCCUCCUUCAGAGAAACUUGAGGGACAAGGUAGUGAUGGAGGAGCUUCCUGGGACGAUGGGGCUUUCCGAAAUGUGAAGAAGAUAUACAUCGGACAAGGCCACGUCGGGAUCGUCUUUGUGAAGUUUGAGUACGAAAAUGACGCUAGUGAAGUUGUUGUGGGAGAAGAACAUGGAAAGCAAACGUUGCUUGGAUACGAGGAGUUCGAGCUGGAUUGUCCAAGUGAGUACAUCACAUCGGUGGAAGUUUGUCACGAUAUAGUUAUGGGAGCUGAAAGUGGAGUUAUAACGAUGCUUAAGUUCACGACAAACAAACGCACCUCUCCACCCUUUGGACUCGAAGCUGCUUCCAGCUUUGUCCUGAAAAAGGAAGGUCACAAGAUCACUGGGUUCCAUGGAAAAUCCGGUGACGUGCUUCACAAGAUUGGGGUCCACGUCGUUCCCAUCACUGAGUGACCAUCCAUAGCUAGUUUCACUAUCGAAUGGACAAUCCUCAAGACCUUGUUUCAUUAUGUUGCUUUUGAUAUGAAUCUGUUUCUGUAUUUCUCUAUUGUUGCUUCCAUGUUUUUUUCUUUUAUGCAUCGUGUGUAAUAAUAAAUAAGGGUUUCCCUUAACCUAUUUCUGAAAAUUAUUUCAG